UUGAAGUUGGAAGCCCAGAUUUCAAAAAGAGUAAAAGAAUCAAGGACCCACAUCACAGUGGAUCUUUGCCUGAUCAAUAUUAUAUAUGAACCCACUUUCACACCCCUAACUCACUUGUCUUCUUGCUCUUUACUAUAGGAAAACAAAAUAAGGCCGGAUGGAUGUGCAAACGGCGGGAUCAGCGGCAGUAGCAUUCGGUGGCCCAGCGUUGGCCGUUGCCGGUGGUGUUUCUUUAUUGUUCCUCAAAAGUUUUCUUUCGCAUCAAGUCGGUGGUGGUAGUAAUCCCAGUCAGCUACCUGUUGUUCCUGAGGUUCCAGGGUUGCCAGUAUUAGGGAAUCUGCUUCAGUUGAAAGAGAAGAAACCAUACAAGACUUUUUCAAAAUGGGCAGAAACUUAUGGCCCUAUUUACUCCAUUAAAACUGGAGCCAACUCCAUGGUUGUCAUUAACUCCAAUGAUCUAGCUAAAGAGGCUUUCGUCACCAGAUUCAACUCGAUUACAUCAAGAAAGCUUUCAAAGGCAUUGACGAUCCUUACUGCCGAUAAAGCCAUGGUAGCAAUGAGUGAUUAUGACGACUAUCACAAGACUGUAAAACGAAACAUACUCGCUAGUAUCCUAGGACCAGCUGCUCUGAAGAAGCACCGAAUCCAUAGAGACACCUUGGGAGAAAAUCUAUCAAAAAAACUUCAUGAUCUGGCACCAAAUUCUGCUCAAGAAGCAAUAAACCUCCGGAAGAUUUUCCAAUCUGAACUUUUCACAUUAGCAUUAAAACAAACAUUUGGGAGGGAUAUCGAAAGCAUUUAUGUGCGUGAUCUUGGAACCACAAUGACAAGAGAUGAGGCCUUUGAUGUUUUGGUGCUUGACCCGAUGAUGGGUGCCAUAGAAGUUGACUGGAGAGACUUCUUCCCGUAUCUCUCUUGGAUCCCAAAUGAAAACUUCGAAACGAAAAUCAAACAAAUGUAUAUACGAAGAGAGGCUGUAAUGAAAGCACUUAUUCAAGAACAUAAAAAGAAAACACAAUCCGAAGAGAAUCUAAAUUGCUACAUCGAUUACUUGCUGUCUGAAGCAAAAGAGUUAACCGAAAAACAACUCAUAAUGUCACUCUGGGAACCGAUUAUCGAAACAGCAGACACUACUAUGGUCACCACAGAAUGGGCAAUGUAUGAACUUGCAAAAAACCCCAAGAAGCAGGCGCGUCUAUAUGAAGAAAUCCAAAGUGUUUGCGGGUCAGAAAAGAUCACAGAGGAGAAGUUGUGUAAGAUGCCAUACUUAGCAGCUGUUUUUCAUGAAACUUUGAGAGUGCAUAGUCCUGUUCCGAUAAUCCCAUUAAGAUAUGUGCACGAGAACACAGAGAUUGGAGGUUACCAUGUUCCUUCUGGGACUGAGCUCGCUAUAAACAUUUACGGGUGUAAUAUGGAGCGUGAAAUCUGGGAGGAUCCUGAACACUGGAACCCAGAAAGAUUUCUUGCAGAAAAAGAACCCAUUGAUUUGCAAAGAACAAUGGCGUUUGGAGGGGGGAAAAGAGUUUGUGCUGGGGCUAUGCAGGCUAUGUUGAUUGCGUGUGUGUCCAUUGGGAGAAUGGUGCAUGAGUUCGAGUGGAGCCUUAAAGAUGACUCGGGAGAAGAUAUUAAUACUCUUGGCCUCACAACACAGAAACUUAAUCCGAUGCUUGCGGUUAUUAAGCCCCGAAACUAAAAAUAUGUAUCUAUGUUAUGCGUGUCUUCAUAAUUUAUGUCGGGAAGUAUGCUUUUGAAGUGAUGAUACUCAAUCCUAAGCAAAAAACAAAUAUCUCAGUUAUAUUAACAUUCACAUUUCUAUAUAUGUGUCUAUUUUAUA